UGUGCGCCGAUCGCCAGUGCACUGUGUCCCUUGGACACAGUGGAUCACGGAAAGAGCCGAAGAUGUCGGCUCGGUCAUGUGAUCAGCUGUGUCCAAUCACAGCUGAUCACACUGAUCAUCAGGGCACUGAUGAUCAGUGUGCCCUGAUGAUCAGUGUGGCCCCAGAAGUGCCACCUAUCAGUGCCAGUCAGUGUCGCCUAUCAGUGCCGCCUAACAACAGUGCCAGUCAGUGCUGCCUAACAGUGCCAUAUAUCAGUGUCAUGUAUCAGUGCUGCCUUUCAGUGCCCAUCAGUGAUGCCUGUCAAUGCCCAUCAGUGCCACCUAUCAGUGCCUAUCACUGCAACCUCAUUAGCGCACAUCAGUGAAGGAGAAAAAUCACUUAUUUACAAAAUUGUAUA